UCGUAGACUUGGCGAGCAUGCGCAAUUUAAGUCCACGAGACCGCAAGUCCACAUGAAGUGCGUCAUUUGGGACAGGACCAUAGAUGCUGUUGUAAGGGAAGACGGCGAGGGUUAACUGCGACUCGAUAUUUCCAAAAUGAGACAUUGUAAGGGAGCAUCAACUAACAGCGGCCUCGUAGCUGCUAUUUUUUUCUUGCUGGGAAUGGGAACUCUACUUCCAUGGAACUUCUUCAUAACUGCAAUGAAUUAUUUUACUGGCCGCUUGAAUGGUACAAGCUGCACAAAUGGUACUGAGCAGGCAGACUCGGACCCUUACAUGUUCAACAACCUAAGUGUGCUGAUAGCCCAGCUUCCUUUGUUGCUAUUCACAUUUCUCAACUCCUUCCUGUACCAGCACAUCGCGGAGAAGGUGAGGAUUGCUGGCAGCAUGGUCUUCAUUUUACUCCUCUUCAUUCUUACGGCCAGUUUGGUGAAGGUUGAAAUGACCCUGGACCACUUCUUCUCCAUUACCAUGGCAACCAUCUGGUUCAUUAACAUGUUUGGAGCAGUGUUGCAAGGCAGCCUGUUUGGUCUGGUCAGUAAACUACCUCCAAGAUACAACUCCCUGUUUAUGAGCGGCCAGGCAGUUGCAGGCAUUUUCUCAGGCAUUGCCAUGCUGUUAUCGAACAUCCUGGAAACCGACUCUGAGAGUUCUGCUCUGGGAUAUUUCAUAACCCCCUGUGUGGCCACUCUUAUUACUUUGUGCUGUUACCUCAUACUGCCUCAUCUGAGUUUUGCUCGACUUUAUUUGGAAAGUGGCCCCACUGAUAAAGCAGAGACAAGGAAAGAGCCAUUAACAAAUAACUGUGAGAGUGUGACAUUGGUUAACGUGAAACUGAAUGAUGAAAGUGGGUUGGAGGCCAAUGGUAAAGCUGUCUUUACGGAGUCUGAUUCUGAAUCAUGUAACAAACUGGAUGAGCAUAAACAAGAACCCACUGAAGAGAAGUCAACUGUGCCUCAAGUCUUUGAAAAGAUUUGGGUGAUGGCGUCUUGUGUGACUUGCGUGUUUGCUGUCACAUUGUCUGUUUUCCCAGCAAUUACUGUCAAUACAAAACCUAAAGGCUUUUUUGAGGGGAAAGAUAAAAUCUUUGUGCCUUUGUGUUCAUUCAUCGUCUUCAAUGUCAUGGACUGGAUUGGUAGAAGUCUCACUUCCCGUAUUCAGUGGCCUUCAAAGCAGAGUUGGUUGUUCCCUCUCUUCGUGUUAUUACGAGUCGUUUUCAUUCCUGCCCUCAUGCUGUGCAACGUUCAGCCACGCAUCUACCUUCCUGUCUUAUUCGAUCACGACAUGGCCUAUCUAGUCUUCAUGUCAUUGUUUGCCAUGACGAGUGGAUAUUUUGCCUGCCUCUCCAUGAGCUAUGCUUCACAACUGGUAAAGCCUAAAGAUGCAGAGACAGCAGGAGCUUUGAUGACUUUCUUCCUGGCGCUGGGACUGUCUCUGGGUGCUGCAUUCUCCUUCGUCCUUAAGAAAAUGGUUUAAGGGAAAUAAGACGAGCCGAAGGAAAAUGCUGUUCUUUCAGUUGUCGUGAAGGUUACGCUUCUUCAAAUUUGGUCAUAUUUACUUGAAUGUAGUUUGUUCUUGUAUUCCAGCGGGAUGUUUCUUUUAAAGGGAAAUUGAAGAGGGUUUUUAAAGCACCUUACUGAUUUUAACUGUUUGUCCUUUUAUACCUUUUAUACAAUUUAGUUUUUUAUUUAUUCCAUUUUUUAUACUUUUUUAUUUUAUUCAGUUCAUGUUUGUAAACCUUUAUUUUUUGUAGUGGACUUUUGGCUCUAUUUGCUUUACUGUUUACGUUUUUAAAAAAGCACUGGCAACUGAACAGGUUUUGAUAAAAUAUUAAAAUAUAACAAAAGCUUUUUUAAUAAAUGUCUUGCAUUGUUUUAAUUGUGUGACCUAUGCUUA